UUGGGGGGCUGGGUCCAGACUCUUCCCUGCCUCCAGCCUCAGCACCUCCUUUCUGCCCCACUGGCCUCGUGCAUGGCACGUGGAAUGGCGGUGGGUGGCUCUCGGCCAGACCACCCUUGUGGGUAUUGGCCUGUGUCUGGUCUCAGCCCCUUGUGGCCCUCACCCUGGUGGAUUUUGAGGUGCCUCCCUCUCCCUCCCUGCCCACAGGUUUUGAGCACCCAACUCUGCCAGACCUUGGGAUCCCAGAUGACUCAGACACUGCAAGGCUGCUUCCCCGCCGAGUGACGGGUUGUAUUUGCAUGACCAACUGUCCAACGCUCAUUGUCAUGGUGGGGCUGCCUGCCAGGGGCAAGACCUACAUCUCCAAGAAGCUGACUCGCUACCUGAACUGGAUUGGCGUGCCCACUCGGGAGUUCAACGUGGGCCAGUAUCGCCGGGACAUGGUCAAGACCUACAAAUCUUUUGAGUUUUUCCUUCCAGACAACGAAGAGGGCCUGAAAAUCAGGAAGCAGUGUGCUCUGACAGCUCUCCGAGACGUUCGGCGGUUCCUUAGUGAGGAGGGGGGACACGUGGCGGUUUUUGAUGCAACAAAUACCACCCGAGAACGGAGAGCCACCAUCUUUAAUUUUGGGGAACAGAACGGCUACAAGACCUUUUUUGUCGAGUCCAUCUGUGUGGAUCCUGAGGUCAUAGCUGCCAACAUUGUGCAAGUGAAACUGGGCAGCCCUGACUACAUCAACCGCGAUAGCGACGAGGCCGCGGAGGACUUCAUGAGGCGCAUUGAGUGCUAUGAGAACUCGUAUGAGACUCUGGACGAGGACCUGGACCGGGAUCUGUCCUACAUCAAGAUCAUGGACGUGGGGCAGAGCUACGUCGUGAACCGCGUGGCCGACCACAUCCAGAGCCGCAUCGUGUAUUACCUCAUGAACAUCCACGUGACGCCCCGCUCCAUCUACCUCUGCCGGCAUGGGGAGAGCGAGCUCAACCUCAAGGGCCGGAUCGGCGGGGACCCAGGGCUGUCCCCCCGGGGCAGGGAGUUUGCCAAGAGUCUGGCCCAGUUCAUCAGGGAUCAGAACAUCAAGGACCUAAAGGUCUGGACAAGCCAGAUGAAGAGGACAAUCCAGACGGCCGAGGCCCUGGGGGUGCCUUACGAGCAGUGGAAAGUUCUCAACGAGAUUGAUGCGGGCGUCUGUGAGGAAAUGACCUACGAGGAGAUUCAGGACCAUUAUCCACUGGAGUUUGCCCUGCGAGACCAAGACAAGUACCGGUACCGGUACCCCAAGGGGGAGUCCUAUGAGGACCUAGUCCAGCGACUUGAGCCUGUCAUCAUGGAGCUGGAGCGGCAAGAGAACGUGCUGGUCAUCUGCCACCAGGCUGUGAUGCGCUGCCUCCUGGCCUACUUCCUUGACAAGGCGGCAGAGCAGCUGCCCUACCUCAAGUGUCCGCUGCACACGGUCCUGAAGCUGACCCCCGUGGCUUACGGUUGUAAAGUGGAGUCCAUAUUCCUGAAUGUGGCAGCCGUGAACACACACCGAGACAGGCCUCAGAAUGUAGACAUCUCUCGGCCUCCGGAGGAAGCCCUCGUCACGGUCCCAGCUCACCAGUGACCAUAUCUCAUCUACUGUGACCCCCGGACCGGCGUUGAUCCCUGUGGACAGCGGUCAUUCCAGGCCCACUGGUCUGUGUGACAGUCACUGCCCAGAAAACGCCCUCAGAGCCAUGAUUGGCUGGUGGCACCCAGAAGCCCCGCCCCAGCCCACCUGUUUCCUUGUUGGCAGCCACAGGGCUGUAUACGUGGUGUCUGACCUGCUGCUGAGCAUUGCUCGCCUGAUCGCGUCUGCCCCCUGGCUGGUGAGAGGGCUCCCACACCUGCUCCUUCUGUUCUCUCUCACCGGCUGGGGGGCCUUGUGAAGCACGAAACCCCAAAAAUGUGAAAUGGAAAGCACUUGCUGUGAUGUUUUCAGCCACCGAGGCUGCGGCACCUGGGUGGACCUGGGGACCCUGCCAAGGUUCUGCUGCCCUCUCUGCAGCCACUUCUGGAGCCAGAGGCAAGAUCUUCAGGGAAUCCUGAGCUGCUUCUGCCCCAGUCAGCGGGAGUAAACCCUCUCUAGCCCACCCUGCCAGGAGCUGAAGAGCCUCUACCACGGCAGGCAGCCCCCUCCACGGGCUAGACCCUGGGGUCCGUGCGUCUGCAUUGGCAGAUGCUUGGGAAAGCAAUAUGUUCACUUCUGCAUGUGGGGACCCCCAGAAACACACAGGGAGGGGGGCAUUGGCGGUCACUCUUUCCCAAUGAUGCCUACACUGGAAUACUUUGGGAGCCAGUGGCCAAGGCCACCCCUGCCCCCACUGCCCUCAUGGUGCAACAUGUAAGCUGGUGCAACACAGAAAGACAUAAGGACAGAGCUGUUGUACGCAUCCCCCUUCUCAGUGCUCGAGGGAGAGGCUGCCCUCUUCCGCUCCCAGCUGUGCCACCGGCUACCUCGACUGCUGCUGCCGGCGUCCACGCACGUGUAUACACCGGUGGCCACACCUGCCUUUGCUGUGAAGGAUUUGAAAAGCCUGUCCUGGCGUUCGUUGACUUCCACCUGGAGGAUGAAGCCUGGGAAAGGCAGGAGCUGGAGUCAGCCCCUGGCCUGGGAGGAUUUUCCCAGCCCUGUCAUCACUUUUGAUUCUUGUACUAAGGAGCCUGAUGAAAACAAUCUCGGGAAGCCUGCCGUCAUGCCCCUGAAUUCUCUGGGGCCCAGAGAGGUGAGCUGGGCAGUAGAUUCCAGCUCCAUUUUGUAGCUGGGAGAACAGACUAGCCAGCACCUUGUGAGGCUGGGUGAGAACGUGUGUGGAUUUGUGGUUGGAUGUGCUACUGUCCAUGGGUGAUGGUCCUGGGUGAAGUCAGGCCCCAGGAUCCCAUGACCCUGGCCUGGGUUGAGGACCUCAAGUGCCGCAGCAGCUCUGGCCAAACCCGGCUGGGAGAUGCCCAGGACCAGGCUGUGGCCGGACGUUCCAUCGGAGCCCCAAGCUCCUUAGACCUGGGGCCAGUGGGCCACACUGCUGCCUCUGGGACUCGGGGACUGCAGCCUUUGCUUCUGUGGCCGCCGGAGUCUUGGUGACUUCCGGCCAUGCUUACUUGUUGCCCAUAGUGGGUCCCUUUGGUCAGUGGCAUGAGCAUCUAGAUGUCACCGCCUCUCCAGGACCUCAGGCUCACUGAGGUGAAACCAGCGAGGCCUCUUCUCUCUGUUCAGAGGGCCGCCAGGGCCAAAUGUGUCACAGAACUGGGACGGGGCAGAGGGAGGUCUGGGAUCCCAGCAGGGGCUCACCCCGAGCCGGCUCUCUGCCUGGGCAGCAUCCACUGGCCGGGUGCCCACUUACAGCCGGGACGGUCCACGUGGUCCUGUUGCAGACGUUUUUCCUCCUCGUCCUGGAAUGGAAGUUGUUGGAACUCAGCCACUCGUCACACUGUGUCCAACAUUCUCUGCAAUAAAUACUUAAAAAAAAAAAAAA